AUGAAGUUGAUCAACACUAUCUUGAACUUGGUUCUUUUGGCCGGUACCACCCUUUUGUUGGUGUUCAUCCUUUUGUCAGGCUCCACCGACCACUUCCCAUUCAACACAUUCUACUCCGUGAGGGCCAACACCUCCGCUAUCCAGGGCGCUUUCCAGGAAUCCGCAUGGACCUUCUGGGGUGUUUGCGACUACCUGAACUGGCAAGACUGUAAGGUUGGUCCAGCCUACCCAAUCUCGCCAGUGGACAACUUCAACACCUCCGAGGGUGUUCCAACCAGCUUCAUCAACAACAGAGACACCUACUACUACUUGUCCAGAUUUGCUUUUGCUUUCUUGCUUGUUGGUCUUGGUUUCACUGCCUUUGCUCUCUUGGUCGACAUGCUCGGUCUCUGCUUCACCGUCAUCGACAAGGUGGUCAUUGUGUUGGUCACAAUUGCCUUGUUCUUCACUGCCGGUUUCGCCUCUUUCUCCACUGCUGCCACUGUCAUGGCCAAGAACGCUUUCUCCCUGUCUGACAUGGCCGCCAAGGUUGGUGUCAAGUACAUGGCCAUGACCUGGGCCGCAUUUGCUUGCAUUUUGUUGGUCUUCUUCAACACCUGUGCCGCCAACAUUGCUACUUCCUACAGAAAGCACAUUGAGAGAGUAAACGAGUCCAAGCAGAGCCAAGCCUACUACCAAUCUGCUCCAGCCGCCGCCGACAACAACGCUGUGUUGGGCGACGAGUCGUCUUUCACCAGAGACCCAGCCUUGACCGAGAAGGACGAUGCUGGAAGCGGUGGUAUCCGUUUCUUCCGUAUCAAGAGAAACCACAAGACUGCCGAUGACGAGAGUGUUUAA